GAACAUACCCGACUGAGACAAGAUGUCUGUAAAUAUACGUUGCGCGACUACGGAAGACCUGCUGAAUAUACAGCAUUGCAAUUUGCAGUGCCUACCCGAGAAUUACCAGAUGAAAUAUUAUCUGUACCAUGCUCUCUCGUGGCCGCAGCUGAGUUACGUAGCGGAGGACGAGAAGGGGAGAAUAGUGGGAUACGUGCUUGCCAAGAUGGAGGAGGACUGCGAGGACAAUCCCCACGGGCAUAUUACCAGUCUGGCCGUGAAGCGUUCUCACAGGAGACUGGGCAUCGCGCAAAAAUUGAUGAACCAGGCCUCGCGAGCGAUGGUCGAGUGCUUCGGAGCAAAAUACGUUUCGUUGCACGUGCGUAGAAGUAACCGCGCGGCCCUGAACUUGUAUACGAGCAGCUUGCAGUUCGAGGUAUCGGAGGUAGAGCCAAAAUAUUAUGCAGACGGCGAGGACGCUUAUGCCAUGAAGCGAGAUCUAACGAGCUUCCAUCACGAGAAGGCCCUUAGAGACCGAGCGCACAAGGAGGGCAAUGUUCACACGCAUCUAGGUAGAUGCUGUGGCGAUCACUCUUAGUCCAUUCAUCACGGCUACUGGCGGAACAGGAUUGAUUCUCGAGUCACUCACUCGACGAAUCUGAGAAUAAAACCCGCUGUGUCUUUUGACAAGAAAUAACGAGACAAUGUCUGGGGACUAAUUAAGAAGCUAAUUGUGUGAAAACUUUGUUACUUCUUGCACGGGGCAAGAGCAUCUACUUAUCAAAGUUUGACCUGGUACACUAGUAAAAGUAUUUUAUAUGCGACUGGAGGAUACUUGUUAAAGUUUGCACGAUGGAAUAAGAUUGGACUUUGGGACUGUUGUAUUUUUCAGUUUACGCAAAUGCGCAAUGUAAUUGAAACUAAUAAGUUGACUUAUAAAUGCGUAAGAAAUAAAGAAUUCUGGAAAGGGC